CCAGUGAUUUUGCCUUAAAUCAACUUUUAAUAUUGGGUUUAUUUCCUGUGUAUUUACUAAUUGAAAAUUUACCUGAAUCAAAUGUGUCCCAUCAUUACAGGGUCGCAUAUUCGGCGACUAUGGCCGAAUUGUACGUCAAAUACUGCAUUCGGAUGACUGUCCACCAUUCGGAUGAUUUCGUUGGUUCUCUUUUGAGAUAAAACUCCGACAGCGUAUUUUGUGCCUCGGUUGGUGCCGUUUAGGAGCACGUAGAAUACGCAAACAACGGGUACCUGGUACCUUCACGUACGCACGAAAAUGGCCGGUCAAACAAGUCCGGUGUUGCCCACGCCAAGUAAUUCCACUCUACCCACGGCACAGACACGUUCGAAAACUUAAUAAAUAUUCGUAAAGCAAUUAUAAUAAUAAGCAGACGAUACGCGCACACGCCUCACAACAGUCACAUCACAUCGUCAUCAACAUUCACAUCCCGAAGGCAUCUCGAAAAUAUGUUGUUUUUUUUUUUUGAUUUUAUUCUUGUACCUGUUAUUUGUUUACCAGCUGAUUUCCAUAAUUCUUAUCAACGAUCGCUAACGGGCGAAAUGUAUGCCAUCGCUUUUGCCAACCUUUUUUUGUUAUGAUAAAAUAUUAAAUUUAAUGAACUAAUUUAUUUUUUAUAAUACAACCUUCGAAUAUUGUUCGACUUCGAAUCCAUAACAAGUAAUUCGAGCAAAAUGUUCGUACGAAAUACGGCAAAAUUGUACUUUCAAUCUAGCUUUUGAAAAUUAUAAAGUUAUGUGUAGAGAAAUUCACGAUUGUGAUUAUAUUAUACGUUCGGACUUACAAUAUUCGUGGUUGUACAUAUCUUUUUUUUUUACCGCCAAUUUAACGAAUAAUGAAUUAAGUUGAUUUUAUUAGUUGAUACUCUUUCCAAAAUCAUUGUAAUAAAAGAUAUAACAAUAUAAAACAAAUUUACUUGACUUUUUUUUUACGGUUUACACAAUAGUUUAGAACUAUUGCUAUACACGACACUGCUGAUAAAGAAGUCUGGUCUACUAUCAUUACCAUGCGUUAUCUAGUAUUUUUUUUUCCUUUUUAUUUUAUAAAAAAUUCUAUAAUCUAACUGUAUGCGAAUUCAUGCCGGUUUUGUGCUAAAAACCAAAUAAUUUUUUUUCGGGUUUAUUUUAUUAAUAGUUUUAUUUAAUUUUUGAACCUUCACUUCGGUUUGUGUAUUGUUUUGUUAAUUUAUACGCUAUGUAAAAGUUAAAUUUACCUGAACAUAAAAUGAUGUCCUCUAUGUUAAAGCGAAUACUUUUACCAAACAGUAUUUUUAGUACUGUUCAAAAUGUGGUGUCAAUUAAGCGUAAUUAUUAUUAUAAUUAUUAAUUACCUAGUAGUUAUUAUGCCUAUGUAGACAUUUCACUUACAUUUUUAGUUAUUCAAAAAUCAAAUCAUUCUGUUUUUUUUUUUCAAUUCCUAGGUUCAGAAAUUUUGAAAGAAUGUACCAGAAGCUAUAGUAAAUUAUUUGUGUCACCAACACAAAUAUUACAGUUUAAACCUGUACAUAUACAGCAAAAUCGUCAGGAAAGUUUUUUCAAAAAACGUUAGUAUAAUAAAUAAUAUCUUUAUAAUACAGUUACUUAGUAAAUAACAUUGUACACAAUAUAAUAAGUUCUGAUAAAAUAAAAUUAACAUCAAUCAGCCAGGUUACUAUUAUUUUAUAUACGUACAAUUUUUUUUUCUCAUGAUUAGAUACGGCUGAACAUAUAUGGAAAAGUGUUACUAGUGUUAGUAAUGCAGGUAAAAAACGUGGACGUGGUAAAGGAGCUGGUAAAAAAAGGGCAAAAAACCUUAAUAAAGGACAGGUUCUUGGUGUUGGUAAGUAUCUAAUUGUUUGAAUAAUGUAUAAAUUACAAAUUAUUAUAAAAGUGUUUUUUGUUUUGCAUAGGUGUUGACAAUAUGGUAUGGCCUGGACUCAAUGCGCCUAUUAUUAAAGGACGGGAUCUGAUAAAAAGAACUCAACUACCACCAGAUCCCGAUAGGGAAGCUCGUCUGAUUAAGCUCAGAGAUGCAAUGGGAACAUUUAGAUUUUUAAAACUCAUGCCAACAGAACGUGGAUGGUCUGGUAACAAAAUGCCUGGACGAAGUAUAGGUCCACCUGAUUCCAUUAAUGAAUGUUAGUACAUAUAUUGUUUUAAUUAAUGUGCAAUUUUUUUAAAAUAUUUUUCUCUGCAUAAAAUAGAUUCCUUUGAUGGAUUUGAUACAAAAGUAUUAGAAUUCAAAACUGUGUUUUGUAUGAAAUCUAAUGCUGGUCGUUACAGAAGAAUAAGUGUUGUUGCAGUAACUGGAAAUAAAAAUGGUUUAGCUGGUUUUGCUUUAGGUAAAGCAGCAGAUGCUAGAGCUGCUUUAAAACGUGCAAAAAAUAGAGCAGGACAAAAAUUAAUGUACAUUGAACGUUAUGAAAACCAUACUGUAUAUCAUGAUUUCUUUACACAAUUCUGUAAUACUAAAAUAUUUGUGGAGAAAAGACCUGAAGGCUAUGGUUUACAUUGCCAUCGUGCCAUUAAAACAAUUUGUGAAAUAAUUGGUAUUAAAAACUUAUAUGCCAAAGUAGAAGGUUCCACUAAUUUACAAAAUUUAGUAAAAGCAUUUUUUUUGGGAUUAUUAAAACAGGUUAGUUUUAUUUAAAUAGUAAUUAACUCUAAAUACUUAUUUAUUAUAUUAGUUGCCAAAAUAUUUUUAUUGAUUAUAUCAACAAGUAACACAAUGAAAGAAAAACAUUUCCAGUGAUUUGACUUAUAUUGUAAUUAGAUAUUUUUGAAUCAUGGAAUGUGUCAUCAGCACAAAGACUAUAAGUGCAUAACACGCUAGUGAACUUUUAUGCCUUUAUUUAUUAAAGUUUACUAUGUGUGUAACGUCUUUAGCAUUUGGUCUUAUGUAAAUCAAAAAUGUAUCUUUGCUAACUGUGAAACACUAAAAGUAAAGUAGAUUCAGGUGUCCCACAAAAAUCAAAAUAAUUCAGAAGCAUUAAAUAAAUAACUUUUUGUUUUAUUGAAAGUUAAUAAUAUAAAAUACUAUUAACAAAUUGUCUACAGAAAACGCAUCAACAACUAGCAGAUGAAACAAAAUAUCAUUUAGUAGAAUUUAGAAAAGAAAAUGAUUACUUACCAGUAGUGGUAGCAUCUCCAAACGGAGAUGUUAAAACUGAUCCAAAAGAAGCUCCUGAUUUUUUGCAAUAUGUCAUGGAUAAUAAAGUAAGGUUAAGAAAGAAGAAAUUCCCACCAUUUUAUACCAAAAAGACUCAUUGGUAUAUUAAAGAGAAGAAGAUGGAAACUAUAAGAAAUAUGGAAAAGGUACAGAUAAACUAAUUUAUAUAUAUAUAUAUAUAUACUUAUACACUUUUAAUUAUUUUAUUUUAUUAUUAGGCUAAGUUAAAUUUAAUUGCUGAGUAUGGUGAAAUAAGAAGUUUUUUGACCGAUACAUAUCCAGAAUGUAGACCACUACAAAAAAACGAAUUUAAAAAACAAACUGAAGAAGAUCAAUAAUUUAUAGUUAAAAAAAAAUAUAAAAAUAAUAAUUUUAUAGUUUUAAUAGUUUUUCAAGUUUAUUUACAUUUUUUAUUAUCAUCUAUAAACCCAAAAUUGUUAAGUUAAUUCAAUUUUGUGCUACAGAUAUGCAUUGACAUUAAAAUUAUGUCAUAUAUGUAUUAAACAUUUUUGUUGUUUUACAAAACUUUUUUAAUUUAAAUAUUAAAUUAUCUUUGACUUAAAUUUAUGGUACUGCAGAUCUUUCUCCGGCCCAUGCUCUUAAAUCAACUUUAGGUAUAGAAGAGCUAGCACAAGCUACUCUUUGAUUCCUAAAAAUUAUAAAAGAAAAUAAAUUACAAACUAUUAUCUAUAGGUAUCUGUUUAAUAAUAAAAUUAAAGUUUUACUUACAAAAAAGAUGGUUUUAUAAAUGCUAGUGGUUGAAUAAGGGCCAUAUCAUCAGAAUUAUCACACAAUAGUCUUGCCAAACUACUCUUUCUGAGUUCUUGUAGUUGAACUAUAACAAUUCAUUAAGAAAUAUUGAUUAAAAAUGUUAAUUAUAUAGUUUGUCGAUUGUAUUUACCUUGAUCAAAAGAUGAUGGAUGCCCGCCUUCUUCAUAGAAAAAUCUGUCGCCCCGUCUGAGUCUAGAAAAUUGGUCUCCAAUAAUGCACACAAAUGUCGGGCCCACUAAAGCAUCUUUUAUGGGCUUUUCUGAAACUCCUCCAAUAUACAAGUCUACUUCAUCCACUGAACCGUAUAAUCUUGCGAGUCUUGUAAUAGUCUG